CGCUUUCUGAUUGACGCGAGGCAGCUCUCCGUGGGCGCUCCGGGACGCGCCAGGCCGAGUCAUGACUGAGGAUGACUCCGAAAGCGUCCUCACCGACUCCCAGGGGGAGCAAGGGGGCCGGGAUCACCCGCUGCCCGUCAUCCAGCUGUGCGGGCUGGUGGAGGAGCUCAGCUAUGGAAACUCUGCUCUCAAAACAGAAACAGAAAUGUUUGAGAAAUACUACUCAAAAUUGGAACCCAGGGAUCAUCGACUGCCACCAUUAUCAGAACUUAAAUUAUCUGCAGCAGAAUUUUCACAGUUACGAGGUAGGCGUAAAUCCAAGUCCCGCGCAGGUCUUGACCGUGCAGGACUCAGCGUAGAGCAAAAACUCGAGCUUGUACAAAAGGAGCUGGAAGACACGAAAGAUGAAAUAAGGCACAUGAGGGCUAAUGCUGAGCGGGACUUGCAGUACCAUGAGGCUAUCAUUCAGGAAGCUGAAAUUCGAUGGAUUGAAGUCCAGAGGGCAGUGCAUGAGUUUGAAAAAGAUAUUCUGAAAACCAUUUCCAAGAAGAAAGGGAGUAUUUUAGCCACUCAGAAAGUGAUGAAGUACAUUGAUGAUAUGAACCGCCGGAGGGACAAUAUGAAGGAGAAACUUUGUUUGAAAAAUGUUUCUCUCAAAGCUCAGAAGAAAAAAAUGCUUUUGCAACUGAGGCAGAAGGAAGAGGUGGGUGAAGCCCUGCACGAUGUUGACUUUCAGCAGCUGAAGAUUGAGAAUGCUCAGUUUCUAGAGACCAUUGAUGCACGGAAUCAAGAACUGAUCCAACUGAAGCUGACCUCUGGAAACACCAUGCAAAUACUCAAUACCUACAAAAGCAAGCUUCACCAGACAAUGGACGUCUAUGUCAACCUGGACAAGGAGAUCUUGCUGAAAAAUGAGCUACUUGGAAAAAUUGAAAGAGAAACCAUACAGGUAGACGAGGACCGAGCCAAAGCCCAGGCUUUAAACAACAAGCUGAGGAAGCAGCUGGCUGAAUUCCGAGCUCCUCCAGUGAUGAUGUAUGUCCACGAGAAGACCUUGAAUGGGGAACUGGAGAAGACCAUCAAAAUGUGGGAAAGGAAGGUGGAGAUCGCAGAGAUGUCCUUAAAAGGCUACCGCAAGACUUGGAAUAAAAUGAAAACAAGCAACGAGCAGCUGCAAACGACUGAUUCCUCUGAGAGCUAACCAGGGACAGAGCAUGUGGAGACCAAGAAGCCAUCUAUUAAAGUACUCUUGCUCUUUUCUAGUCA